UCAAUUCUGCAAGUGGUUCUGAUUUACUAUCGCUGUUCUCUAGCUGGUCUAAAACCACUUUUGACCUAAAGGGACGCUUUUUGGACACCAUGGACGUUUCUCAGUUUCCAGGCAGAAAGAACAGUAAAAAUGCAGGCAGGGCACAGGACAAAGCACUCGGGACAAAAUGUAUGCGAAAUGGUUUGGUACAUGAAUGUCAGUUUUUAACAUUUUUAAAUUUCCCACCGUUCCGUCCCCCAUAUGUCCCGAACGUCCCGAUGCUCACAAGGACCGGAAGACGGAUGCCAGCAUCGGAAGGAGGAGAUGGCCCGGGACUCUGCAGGAGGGAC